GCCCUGCCCCUUCUGGUUGAGGCCAUGCCCCCUGCUCAGGACUCUGGCAUACUGGACAGUGCCAAAUCUGAAUUAGUGAUUUGAAAAAGAAAAAUAUUGGGUUUAAAUGUCUCAUUGAAACAAACAUCAAAAUCAAUCCCAACAAGAGGGAAGGACUCAGAAAUAACGUAAAGCCAAAAUCCCCAGGCAUGACGUUUGAUCUUUCUGCAUGGAGCUUAAGUAAUAGGCUUCUGAAAUAAAAAAGCAGCUUAGGGCAAAGACCAGCCCUCCUUGAGAUAAAAUUCUGCAGUCAUGUGAUCAUGUCAGAGUCACGUUUGCGUUCCACAAGCUACAUAGACCAACUCAGGUACAGUCAAAUAUGUUCUACUGAGAACAUGGAUUCCCAAAAGGAUGUUCAGCCUCCAAAGCAACAGCCAAUGAUUUACAUUUGUGGAGAAUGUCAUACAGAAAAUGAAAUAAAAGCAAGAGAUCCGAUCAGGUGUCGAGAAUGUGGGUACAGAAUAAUGUACAAGAAAAGAACAAAAAGAUUGGUUGUCUUUGAUGCCCGGUAAUGCGAAUUCAAGAGGUAGCUGUUUUGACCUGGUUCAUUUUAGUAUACUCAUAACUUUGGUUUGUAUACACAUCUGCUCUGGACAAAUAUAUACUUUUUCAUUCUGAUAUCAAUUGUAAAUUAUUCAAGUAGUUAAAUAAAGUUUUUAAUAUCAAA